GAGGUGGCCGGCUUGGCCGAGAUUGUCAUAUUUAGUAUCAUCUUCUUCGCCAUCGGGGCCGCCGGUAUUAUCGGCAACUUCCUGGUGGUGUACGCCAUCGUGUGUGACCGCAAGAUGAGGGCUUCUGUCACCAACCUGCUCAUCACCAACCUGGCACUGGCUGAUUUGGUGAGUAGUGUAGUUGUUUUGUUAUUGCGAAAUUGAUCAGCUACCAUGGAUUCUUAAAGCUGGGUUGCCAUAGAAGGGUGUUGAUAUUUUUUUUUAAUAAUUUUAAUUUUGUUCCUAAGUGGCCGCUUUAAAAUUUUUUAAGUUGUUCCAUUGAAAGUCUUCAGUUGUUCCAUUCAAAAUCCUCACUUGUUCCAUUCAAAGUCCUCACUUGUUCCAUUCAAAGUCCUCACUUGUUCCAUUCAAAAUCCUCAGUUGUUCAAUUCAAAGUCCUCAGUUGUUCCAUUCAAAAUCCUCACUUGUUCCAUUCAAAGUCCUCAGUUGUUCAAUUCAAAGUCCUCACUUGCUCCAUUCAAAGUCCUCAGUAGUUCAAUUCAAAUUACUCAGUUUUUCCAUACAGAGUCGUAAGUUGUUGCUUUUGAAGUUUAAUCUUUUUUUUUCUUUGAUCAAAGUUCUAUCAAAUACCUUAUACCAAUUUGAUUGUAACAAAUAUUUACCUAUUAAACAUAAUGAAUAAUUGUUUUAAAACUCUUACUAAUAUAUUAAAAGAAAUGUUUGAAGAAAAAUGCUGUUUUAAAGCGAACAUCCAACUCUUUUCAUCACCGAUACCUAUAAAUCUGCCUAUCAAUGCCAAUUUUUCCGUUAAUGUUUGUAACGAUAUAUCUGAAAGCUAUUUUAUGCCAUAUGUCAUAAUCUACCAGCGUGCUCGCCUAGCUGUCCCAAUUUACCUGCCUGCUCCCACAUCUGUUCCAAAAUCAAAACGAUCACUAAUUACGUCACUAUUGUCACUACAGAAGUGAAGCUUUAUGGUGUUCUACGGCUGAUUAUAACGCUUGAGAAAUACUUUUAGAUGUAUUAUUUUUAAAGUAUUCUAGUUUCAAAAUGUUGUCUUGGUUAGAUUUUUUUUCAAUCUGAUAAAAUUGAAUAUGAGCAAAACAAUGAAGAUCACUUCCAUUUAUUUGGAUCAAAAUAACAGACGUGUUUACCUCUUCGCUUUCGUCCUAAAAACUACGUUUUUAAGCCUUAGACUACCCCACUACGACGAGCCCAAACAAAUUACCGUUUCGGAAAUUUUUUCAUUGGUUUGGUUUAAAAUUAAUAAAAAAAAUAAAAAAAUGGGGGUGUUUUCAAUAAAAAGUUAGCGUAUUUUUUUUUGUGUUAACUCCGUAAGCGGGGGUGCUGGGUGGCCGAGUGGUCUAAACUGAGCAAAUCUCAAGUUGGUGGUCUGGAGUUCAAUUCCAGCUAGACCAAAAACACCACCAGCACCCCGGGUGGAUGGGACCCGCUAACCUUGGACGGCAACUCAUCUAAGAGAAGGAAACUCUGAAAUCAAAACCCGGAGAUGGAGUCCCGAAAGGCGGAUAACAUUGAUACAAUGAAACAUUGCCAGCAAAAAAAAAAACUCCUUAAACAAUCGAAUAAGAAUUUCUGUGAUUGGCCUUUGCGGUCGCGAUCUCAAUAGCAUCUUUUGGAGAAUGGCGUUGUUAUUUCUUAACUACCAAUGUGCUCGCCCGAAGACCUUUUCUCUUUCUCAUCCUUAAGACACAAAUCGCAGGACUAUGACCUGCAUAUUUAAUUAUGUUAAUUUACAAGCGUAUUAGUGGAUUCCCUAACAUAACUUGUAUUUUGAUAGCAAACCAGCCCCUCCCCCACCCCCACCCCCACCCAUACCCCCACCCCCACCCCCACCCAUACCCCCCGGCUUAUUGACCAAACUCUUCUUUGGAGGUUGACACUACGUUGUUGAGAGCUGAAAACUACGCUGACACUAACCCAGGGGUAAACAGGUCUGAUAUGAAAAUUUAACUUUAACCUUUACCAUUCAAGUACUAACGUUAGCCAUUCAAGUAUAACCUAUUCUUCAGGGGAAAAAAAUAUUUAAAAAUAUUGACCUUCAUCGAUAACUUAAAAUAUUGAUCUCGUUUUGGACAUUCGAACCAAACGCAGACAAAAAAACCGAUGUCCCUGAACGAGUGCGACGGUAAAUCUAUCUGAGGCCAUUGUCAGACCGUUGCACCGUCGGCAGUUAUUCCCCAUCCCUUGUGCGAGUGCUCUUCCCUUCCCUUUUAAACUCUACAGAAAUUCGCCCGCGCAAUGACAGUUACAUCCCUUUAUCCCGGCAAUAAAUAACUAGGUUGGAGGACGAGUGUGAGAGAAAAUAAUGUAGCUGGAAUAUUGCUGUCAGGAUGAAUGAAGCUAUAAACUAUAGCGUACUGGGGGGUCGGGUUCAUUGGAGACUCCCAUAGAUCUACAGAUAGUGAAAUGCAAGUCAGAGCCGGUCAGCUUGAACUCUUUUGGGUUUCAAAAGUUUAUGAACGAAAUUAACUUCAUUUUCCUAGAGCGUGUGUAGUUUGGUGUCAGGGAUUUGGAGACAUUUUUUUUUGGCUGAGCUCUGGUUAAGUUGUGGUUAAGUGGGGGUUAAGUGAUUGGGCGGUUAAGUGGUGGUUAAGUGUUUUUAAGUUGUGGUUAAGUGGUUGUCAAGUUGUGGUUAAGUGGUGUUUAAGUGGUGUUUAAGUGGUGGUUAAGUUGUGGUUAAGUUGUAGUUAAGUGCCGGUUACGGGGUGGUUAAGUUGUAGUUAAGUGCAGGUUAAGUGGUAGUUAAUUGGUGGUUAAGUGGGGUUCAAGGUGCUUAAAGGUGUGUUUAUUAUUGUCACCUACUCAUCAUAGUAACGAGACAUUUGAAAUACACCAACAUAGCUCGCAGAAGACUGGGGCUACAUAGCUGAUGGAAGAGUUGGAAAUCAAUUUUAAUAAACUAAUUUAAAACUUAAAAUCUAAAAAUCAUGCAGUUUAAUUGUAUUUUUGUUCACUAAUUUACAUUUUUCGAGCUCGUAUCAGAGAGACAUUUUCCCUAGCUGAAACUCAGCUUCAGCGUCGAGCUUGGGUCAGAGACACAUUUUCCCUAGCUCAAACUCUGCUUCAGCGUCGAGCUUGGGUCAGAGACACAUUUUCCCUAGCUCAAACUCCGCUUUAGCUCCGAACUUCGAGCAUGGGUCAGAGAGGCAUUUUCGCUAGCUCAAACCCAGCUUUAGCUCCGAACCGAAUCCCAGCUUCAAAUUGAAAAUCUUUAGUGAAACCUUUAAAAAAAUUUAAUUAACUUUGAUCUUAGGAUUGACUAAUUGGAGGUGGCUGUCUCAGAUGUUGGGGUUGGCAGGUCCAGUGGCGUAGAAAGAGAUUGGUGAAAGUGGCUGUCCGCCCCGGUGACGCAAUUAUUUUUAUUGUAGGGUGGCAUUUUGGGCAAAGGCAGGGGGUUUUUGUCAUGGAAGGGAAGAGGAGAAAAAAAGUCUUGUCCCCGUUCAGGGCGGCACUAAUCACAGCUACAUAACCGGACAGAGCGUCAAUGAGCACCAGAGUUAGGCAUAAUGGUGACUAGGGUCAGUUACAUGAGCCCCUUCCCAGGUACCAGGUAAAAAUUAGACAUAAUGUAGACCAUGUCAGCUAUUUGAGCCCUUUCCGAGGCCGAAUUUAGGCAUAAGGGAGACCAGGGUAAACUACAUGAGCCAGGCCAAAAUUAGGCAUAAUGGUGACCAAAGUCAGCUGGAUGAACUCCUCCUCAGAAAUUGUUUUAUAAAUUCAAAAUGCACGGAAGAAUUUCGUGUUUACCUUAAAUUUAGCUUUACAUUUAAUGGGAGAGAAACAAAAGAUACUCUAGUGAACAUUUACAGGUCUCGUCAACUGAAUCUUUUUAUACACAUUCUAUGUUUUAAGUGUUUUAAGUUGUUACUAAACAGUAAUAUUGUUUUAAAAUUUUUUAUUAAACUAUUUACUGCGUUAACUGAUUAAUUAAUUAAUUAUUUUUUUUAAUUUAAAAUUAUUUAGUUACAAAAAAUGGGGGGGGGGGGCAUCAUAAAAAGUAAAUAUAAUAAUUACCUUUCUUAUGUAUUUCCAAGUUGACUGGAUACGAAUUGAGAAAAAAAUACUGUAAAAAAACCACAAAAAAAACUAUUUAUCUUUAGUUGCUACUUAUUUAAAUGUAAAUGAACGGAACAAAAUUGAACUAAUAAUUGUAUUAUUUUAAAUUAGGGUGAUAUCAUACAAUGAACAAUCCUCCAUACUUUAAAAGUGUACCCCAUUUUGCCAAGAAAUGGAAACAGAAAAAGAAACAUUUGGCCGGUGUUUGACACUUAAGCAAGAACCAUAUUGUAAUCCAGGACUCUGGAGUGUGGAGCGAUGACAAGCUAGUUGAAUUUACAUAGUGUUCAUAAAAUAGAAAUGUUGCAGAGAGUAAUAAGAUAAAAAUGUUGGUUUAAUAAAUCAAACAAGUAAACAGCUGGAUCAAACAUGUGAUAUAUCAUCAAGAGCGACCUGUGUUCGAAACGCUACGGUCUUUAGAAGCCUGUGGUCAGAACGCGACGGUCUUUAGAAGCCUGUGUUCAGGAUGCUACGAUCUUUAGAAGCCUGUGUUCGGAACGCUACAGUCUUUAGAAGCCUGUGUUCAGGACGUUACUCUCCUUAGAAGUCGAUGUUGUAUUUAUAUUCAACUUAAAUGUUCAGAUCAUCAAUAUAUCGAGCGAAGAAAUAUUUUAAUUGGUUCCAUUAUUUCACUAAUGUGAAUAGGUGAAAUGUAUCAUUUACUAUUUUUUUAUAAAAAUGUUGUUGUUUUUUUACUUCUUUUAAAGUUUCCUUCGGGGAGACGGUAUUGCCCCCCCCCCCAACCACACUCAAGAAAUAAACAAUGGUUGUAAGGGAAAAAACUUUUCAGUAUUUCUGUCAAAAUCACAGCUCACAAAAUAAUUGAAAAAUUCUAGUAUGUAAAGGUUACAGCACCGAAACUGUCCUUUCAUGUGUCGAACAUUGGUUAUCUCCUCUUUCUUCAAGAGAGUCACAUCCCUUCUUGUCCGAUAACUGGAAUAAAUGAAAGUUGACGCAGACGGCAAAGCAAUCAAUAAACAUUAUUUAAGUCUUGACAAGCCGGCAAGGACACUAAUGAAAUACCCGUAUGAUUAGACUUAGUGUCUCCACCACCCAAGCGUCCUCGUCGGAUGAGGUUUGGGCUAAGCCUGGUCAAGUUAACCAGACUGUAGCGCGAGGUUCCGAUCAAUCUAACGAGCAGACGUUAUCAGACAAUGAGGAAGCUGGAAGAUAUAAACAUAUACCUGCUCAGACAAUCCGUGAGUUGUAAGAUAUUAAGACGUUUUCCGCCCCGGGGGGAUGGGGGGGAUGUCUGCCACCUGCCCAAGCACAUUAAAGUCUUGUAUGUCAUCAGGAUAUCUAUAUAUGUAUAUAUUUAUAUUUAUCCCGCAUAUCAACAGUGGAGACAUUACGAAUCUUAUUAUAUUAAAAUAUUAAGGAUUUUUUUCACCAUUAUUUAGACCUGGACCUUUGUGUCCUGAAAUAUAUUAAAAUUGUUGCAGCGCAGCUUUUGUCUUUUAUUUACUUUCUUUAUUUACUCUCCUUCCUUUUAUUUAUUUAUUCAACAAAUUUUUUCUCUUAUAGAACAAGUUUUUGAGUGGGUGAGAAAGGGAAGGGGGUGGAAAAGGAAGUUCAUUUUAUAAUGCGAACAUCAAAGAAGUAAUUCACAUCUCUUGUAUAUAAAUCAUUUACCACAGAAAGAGGUUCUCCAAAUGUGGUGCUGGUACAGUGAUAUUGCGAUAUUAAAAAUCCUGAGGAGAUGAGCUACUAAAGCUUACGCUUGAAAAUUUCUCCCUUACUUGAAUGAAGUCUGUUUAUCUGGCGACCAGUGAUAUCACGCUGUGAGGCCUGCGACACAUUUUAGAUGUUUUUUUGUUGUUUUUUUUGUGUGUUUAUAAACAUAAAGUGAUGCAUGAGAUCCUAAAACCGUGAUCACACUUGAAUGGUGUACAAUUUAUUAUACGUUUUCAGCAUACGGACAUAAUGACAUUCUUUUGCUCUUACAGCAUAAUAACUAAUUCGCUAAAAAAAAAAAAACUAGCCAAACAUCAACACCGCAAAGUACACGGACCACAAGAGCAGUGGUUCCCAUCCCGUGCUCCGCGGAACCAUUAUCGGUUAUUCCGCUGGGGCGCAUCGGCCGCUUCAGUGACUUGUAAGGCAUUAUGUUAGGCCUAGGCAGUUCUCAAUAGCAUAUGGUAGGCCUAAGGGGUUCCCAAAACAUAUGGUAGGCCAAAGCGGCUCCCGAAAACAUAUGGUAGGCCUAAGCGGCUCUCCAUGAAAAUUGAUGGUAAAAAUGGGCUCCACAAAUCUAAAAGGUUGGGAACCCCUGCAUAAGAUACUUUUUUUGUGAGGAAAAUAAAAAAUUCAAAGAAACAACAUUCCUUCCUCAAUUCUGGUGUAGCGCGACCUCUGCGCGACCUCUGCGCGACCUCUGCGCGACCUCUGUGCGACCUCUGCGCGACCUCUGCGUGACCUCUGCGCGACCUCUGUAUUAAAACACCUUUCGAUUUUUAAUUUUGUUUAUUAUGAACCAUUAUUCUCGCGUUAGGGCAGGGUUCCCCCCAGAACUGCAUGCUUGAUUAGUUAACUUCAAGCUAGAUACGAGCCAGCUUAAAACUGUCGGCAUCAUUGUAGUGAAACUUAAGGAAUCCCUUCCUACCCCAUGACUAUAAAAACAUGUGUCCCCCCCCCUGCUCCUGUUUCAACAUACAAAGGUGACCGAAACAAUUCCACGCCUUUCUUUCUUUCUUCAUAUUUUUGUUUACAUUCAAGUUGUAACAUAAUAAAUUGAUAGAUGGUAUUAAAUAUCUAUGGCCUUGAUUUGGCUAACUAAAAAUCUCCUGCCCUUUAUGAUAGUGGGGAAGGACGAUAUGAGAAUAGCCGCCUUUUCGCUCUGGCGAAUUGCAAUAGGGGGGGGGGGUAACGGUGGCAUAAUCAACUCCGGGCACACACGCUCCAGCGGAUGUCCGAAUAUAAACGGGAAGGAAUGGGGGAGGGGGGGGGGUUGGCUUAACUCGUUUUAUGUCCUCGUGUAAAGUACAGUGACGUCAGUGAAGCCUUCUCGAUUUCCUGCAUUUCCAAACCCAACGAUCCCCCACUCUCACCUUUUUUUUUACUUGUUUGCUGAAAAUUGUGUUCCUUGGCCAGUUUCAGACAUGUAUGACAUUUUUUUUUUCUUCAUAAUAACUUGUCACGAUAUUUUCUCGUUAACGUCAUAGAUAAAUAAAAUGAUGAUCUUGGUCAAUUCAACAAAAAAAAAGAGUAGAAAAUAAAUAUUCUGAAAAAUUAUUUUAAAAGGCAUGAAUUGAAUGUUUUAACAAAUAUUGUAGGCUUAUGGCUAUACAAUUGUUGGCGGAAAUGGAGAAAUAGAGAAUGUCAAAAAAAGUCCAUCAUUAUCCCCUGUGACAAUUAUUAGCUUCAAAAAAGGGACACGAAAUAGAUUAGUAAUUGUUUCCUAAAAUAGAUUAGAAAUUGUUUCCUGAAAUAGAUUAGAAAUUGUUUCCUGAAAUAGAUUAGAAAUUGUUUCCUGAAAUAGAUUAGAAAUUGUUUCCUGAAAUAGAUUAGAAAUUGUUUCCUGAAAUAGAUUAGAUAUUAUUUCCUGAAAUAGAUUAGAAAUUGUUUCCUGAAAUAGAUUAGAAAUUGUUUCCUGAAAUAGAUUAGAAGUUUUUCCUGUUAAUGAACUCUGUCUGAAAUGUCUAGUCGAUUAACAGGUUAUCUAAAUUUAUAACUAGUCCAUUAACAGGUUAUCUGUAUAUACAUAUAGUCCAUGAACAGGUUGUCUGUAUAUACACGUAGUCCAUUAACAGUUUAUCUGUAUAUACAACUAGUCCAUUAACAGGUUAUCUGUAUAUAGAACUUAGGGAGAGUGGACUGCGAACGCUUUAAACGCGGCGUUUUCGGUCGACCGGAUGCCCCCCAGGCCAGGAGGGAAGUUCCAAGCGUGCUACCGUAGCACGGUCUCACGACGGGAAAACCCGGUGUCUGGCUCGUGUGUAGGUUUGCCGGGGGGGGGGAAUUAAGAGCUCGCGCUCGAUGACCUACCAACACCAUUUCCCAAUGUUAACUUAUACACAGCGAGUCCAUUAACAGGUUAUCUCUAUAUAUAACUAGUCGAUUAACAAACUUCAAUUCUAUAAAAAUCUACUGGAAUCAUUGAGUGGAUUAUUUUUUUUUUUUUUGCUAUGUCUAAAAUGGGGGCAUUUAUCGAACAUUCCUGAUGCUAGUUAUGCAAAAUCUACUCCAGGGAUUCUUAAAUAGGAGUUCAGGCACCCCACUGGUUGUGCGAGAAGCAGUGUCAGGUGUGCUGGAAGACCCAAAAAAUCAGAUGUAUUUGCAUUUUUAUUUGCCUUUUUUUAUCUUUGGGAUGCGGGGUAUAUUCUUUUUUUAAUCAAGAGGGGGUGUGGCAUUGCAAAAAGCUUAAGAACCCCUGAUCCACCCCUUUAUCAGAAUGAAAGAUUGUCGUGAUAGAUUUUUGAAAUUACCAGACCGGUGAUUAUGCUAUCUGUAAAUAUUCAUACUGGAGCCAAGGGAUACUCCCGUGUAACACCAUUUACAACAAAAAUACAUCAUCUAACCUUUUUUCCCCCCUUUCUUUUAUUUAUUUCAAAUGGGUUGAAUGUACUUAUCAGUUUUGCUCUGAUCUAACAUGCUCUAUCUCUUCUCACUCGUUAGAUCAUUAUGGUGUUCGGUAUCCCAGAGAUCAUCCAGUUCAUGAUGAACCGGGGCUGGAUCUUGGAGUCACUCUUGUGUAAGGCGAACCGAUUCAUCCUAGUUGUCUCCCUGUAUGCGUCAGUCAUGACGCUGGUCUCCAUAUGUAUUGAAAGGUCAGUAUUCUCAUUUACAGAAAGCUACGUUUUCCUAUGUAUGGAUAGGACAGUCUUCGGAUGUAUGGAAGGGUCAGUCUUUAUAUGUGCGGAAAGGUCAACAUUCAUAUGGAAGGAAAAGUUAGUCUUUAUAUGUAUGGAAAGUCAGUAUUCAUAUGUAUGGAAAGGUUAGUAUACAUAUGUAUGGAAAGGUCAGUAUUCAUAUGUAUGGAAAGGUGGGUAUUCAUAUGAAUGGAAAGGUCAUUCUGCAUAUGAUUUUAAAAACACAUACUCUUUAUAUUCUAGACGUUAUCGGAUUAUUUAUUCAUUAUUUAUUUAUUGGGGGGGGGGGGGAGAUUUUAAUAAGCUAUCUAACGAGUCACUAGACUUUUGGGGGACUUUCCGGUGGAAUGAUCUCCAUAACUUCUAUGAUAAAAUUGCUUAAUGAGAUAAAUAAAAAAGAUUAUUUAUUUAUUUUUUUUUUAUUGGGGGGGGGGGGAGAUUUUAAUAAGCUAUCUAACGAGUCACUAGACUUUUGGUGGACUUUCCAGUGGAAUGAUCUCCAUAACUUCUAUGAUAAAAUUUCUUAAUGAGAUAAAUAAAAAAUCGUAUAAUUUCUAACACGCCACCUUGACAUAAUGUUACUGCACUACUUACUUCACAGGUACGUUGGCAUAGUUCACCCCAUCAAAGCCCAUAUCUUGUGCAGUCGAGUCCGUAUUGCCCUGGUGGUGGCAUUCAUCUGGCCCCUCUCCAUUGCUGCUGGGACGCCGACUCUGCUCUUUAAUGAAAUGGAAGAAGGGGGCACAGGGUCGAAGGCGCGUAUUACCUUUUCCGUUUGGCUGGGAACUCUGUUUCUAAAAUGUUAAUCGUUGAUAUUACUCUCUCUCUCUCUCUCUCUCUCUCUCUCUCUCUCGUCUCUCUCUCUCUCUUCUCUCUCUCUCUAUGUCUUUAUUUCCCUGUGCCUCUCUCUCUCUCUCUUCUCUCUCUCCUCUCUCUCUCUCUCUCUCUCUUAAGCUUUAAAAACGCAUGUUGACUUUAAUAACGGCCAAAUAUCCAUGAAUCGGGAUAUUCCUCUAAAACUAAUCAUUAGAUGUUUCAGAUAUAGUAAUACAGGAAAGUUUUAAAUAUUACUACAGACAAGUAUUAAAUAGUCCUACAGGCAAGUGUUAAAUAAUACAACAGACCGACAUUUAUCUGGGACAUUUCUUGAAAAGGAUUUGCCAUUCAAAAUGUGUGUUUUGCACAAAAUUCAGCGUAGAAGUGCCGUGAUACAUCAUAGAUGUGCUGUGAAACUUCUUAGAUGUGCUGUGAUACAUCUUAGAUGUGCUGUAAUACAUAAAAAAAGAAACACAUCACUUUUUUUUGUUUUCCGCAAUGUUGCACAGAUUUAAUCAAAUUAAUUUGUUGUCCCGGUCUUCUCUAAGUUGUUAUAUUUCAUCUACAGUUUUACAGCAGGAACACUGGAUUGUAUGGAGACUUAGAGAUGCAGACAGAUAUCGUACCUUCAAUAAUAUUUUAAAUUAUGUUAUCGAGUUAGGUCGUUUUCGAUAUUUCUGGGUAUUUCUUUCUUUGGCCUUGUCAACAACAUUUGACAUUUGCCAGCGUAUGUAGCUUAAUACUUCAGUUCAUCAUUUUAUUCUCUCAAAUUAAAACUGAAAGGGGCCUAUUAUGAAUUUUUAAUAUUGUCCUAAAAGCUUGAAGAAAGUUAAAAAUUUUAUAAUCAUUGUCGUAUAUUUCUCUCUCUCUCUCUCUCUCUCUCUCUCUCUCUCUAUCUAUCUAUCUAUCUCUCUCUCUCUCUCUCUUUUUUUUUCUUACUAUCUCUGACCAUCUCUAGCUCUCUAAUUCACUCAUUCUCUCACUCUCUCCCUCUGUCUUGCUCUCUCUAACUCUCCCUGUCUCUCUCUCACUCCUCUCACUUUCUCUCACUUUCUCUCCGUCUCUCUUGUUUCUCUCUCUCUCUCUCUCUUACUCUCAGUGUCUCUCUUUCGCUCUUUUGCGUCUGCUUCAAACUUACUUAUUUAUGACAGUGAUCUUGGUAAACCAUGCUUGUAUUUGCUACCAAAGAUUCACAAGGAGGGAAGUCCAGGAAGCCCUAUUGUCUCAGCUUGUUCUUGUCCUACUGAACUGAUUUCGGAGUUUUUGGGUAAAAUUUUCCAGCCCAUAGUUGAAAAUUUACCAUCGCAUAUUAAGGACACUAACCACAUGAUCAAAUCUCUCGAGUCCUUGGUUUUACCUAAUGAAACCCAUUUACUUUUUGCAAUGGACGUUUCUUCACUGUACACCUCAAUUCCCCACACAGAUGGACUCACCGCAAUUUCAUUUUUUCUGAAUACGAAUCCUAAUCCCAAUUUUCCAACAAGUGCCAGUGUACGUUUGACUGAAUUGGUUCUACAGCUUAAUUCGUUUGAAUUCAAUGGCGAAUUUUUCGAUCAGAUCAGUGGUGUUGCUAUAGGAACGAAAAUGGGACCACGUUAUGCAUGCUUAUGUAUGGGCCAUUUGAAACAUCUUUGGAGAGAACACUACCAAGGUCCUUUCCCAGAGUACUACAGAAGAUAAAUUGAUGAUUGUAUAGGGAUUACUAAUAUGGACAUAACACAACUAGAAAGUUUUAUUGACUUCAUUGGAGAUUUUCAUCCAACAAUUAAAUUCACUUCAAUGAUCCAUAAAAGCACCAUCAAUUUUUUGGACUUACAAAUUAACCUUCAUGAGAACAAAAUAUCUACGUCCAUUUUUUUAUAAACAAACAGACAGUCAUAGCUUCUUGCUAUAUUCAUCAUCCCAUCCUCAAUGGUGUAAAAACUCCAUCAAAUUUUCUCAGUUGCUGAGACUCAGAAGACUAUGGAGUAAUGAUGAAGAUUUUCGAGAAAGAAUGUCUGAAAUGUUGGAUUUUUUCCGACGCUUAUUAUACCCCGAAGAAAUUUUAAAAGCAGCUGUCACUCGAGUUAAAGGUAUGACUAGACAGGCUUCUUUUAAAGCUACUCAUUCUGACACUAUUGAUAGGUCUAAAUUUAUCUUAACUUUUCAUCCCCACAACCUAAAAGCUCGCUCUCUGUUUCUUAAAAACCGCUCCAUUCUUAUGGCGGACCCUGUCACAAAUGAGAUUUUUAGAAAACCUCCUCUUUUCGCUUUCCGGCGGGACAAGAGCCUUAGGGACUUGCUAGUUAGAAGCCACCUCCCUGCUAUUAAAGCACAUAAAGGCACACAAAGUUGCAACCGUAGCCGUUGUAACUCAUGUCCCUACGUGAUCGAAACAGAUACGAUCACUUUCCCUCUGGGAGUAUUCAGAAUAAAAGAUGGCUUUACCUGCACAAGUCGCAACGUGAUUUACACCAUCAUUUGCAAAAAGUGCGGUAAACUAUACAUAGGAGAGACAGGUCGUCGCCUUGGGGACCGUUUCAGAGAGCACCUCUAUAACAUAAAUAAACACGCUUUCUGUCCGGUCUCCAAACAUUUAAAUAGCCCUAACCAUAAUGGUAUCUCAGAUAUUGUAGUUACUGGUAUACUCUAUACUAGUAACACUGCAGAUAGAAUCUAUAUGGAGAACAAAUUAAUCACUAGAUUUGGUACGUUGUCUCCAUAUGGAUUGAACCCAAUCCAUAGUUUUACUUAGCUGCCAUGUCUUUUUCCUGUUUGGUUUUUCCAAUUAUGUUAAAAUCACUUCCUUUCUACUUCUCUUUACUUUGUUCUUGUCUGGUUUUAGCGCCCUCUCCUAUAUUUUUUCUGUUUUAGGUAGGAUAUGUAUAUUGAUAUGAUGUAAAUUUAAUUUAUACUUAUUUAAAUGUGUUUUGUUUGUUUCUACUGAUGAAGUCAUGUGCCGAAACGUUUAAUUUUGUAUAAUGUAUAAUUAUUAUUAAAGCUAACUCUAUUGACACAAUUUGUUCGUGUCUUAUUAAUCUAUUUCAUCUAUAUCUUAAGGGCCCACGAUCAAUUUAUUGAUCAUUUUGGCUCCUAUGCAUGUAGAUGGGAUUUGCAACGUUUCUGAUCCUGGUGUUGAUGAGGAAAUUUCACUGAUUUCCAGUGCCACUUUGUGAGGGAAUCAUGCCCUAGGGGUUUGAAGGCUUGAGGCAAUAGACACAAAUGUGUCUAGUGUUGUCGCCUCAACCGUUCCUUUUGAAAGAUUGUUCCAGUCCCUGAUUGUCUUGGGAAGGAAUGAGCAGCUCCUAUAUUGGCUUCUUGCUGGUAUGAGCCUGAAUGCCUGCCAUGGCCUCGUCGCUGUCUAUUGGGGAGAGGGACGAGUUUCUGUUUAAUACUGGAACAGUGGACCAGCCCAUUAUUUAUCUUGUACAUCAUGGAGAGCCUGGAUUGUCGUCAUCGUUUCUCCAAUGGUGACCAGCCUAGUGUUUCCAGUAUGCUGCCAACACUAGAGGUAUUCCUGUAGAGGUUUAGGACAAAGCGUGCUGCUCGUCGCUGGACCGCCUCCAACCUGUCACUGCUCUUCUGAGUAAAUGGGUCCCAGACUGAAGAUGUAUAAUCUAAAAUCGGACGGACAAAGGCUUUAUAUGCUCUUUCUUUCACACUGGAGUUGCCAAUCUUUAGAUUUCGCCUUAACAACCCUAGGGUCUUGUUUGCUUGGUUACAUACAUUGUUAAUAUGCUCGUCCCAGCGGACCUCUCUUUGAAUGAUAACACCCAGGUACUUUACGGAGGAAACUUGCUCAAGUAUAUGGCCGUGCAGUUCGUAUUGGUAGUGUAGAGGAGUACAACUUCUAGAGACUGAUAGUGUCUGGCACUUGGCAGUGUGAAAUUCCAUGUCCCAGCUCAUCUCCCACUCAGCUAACAGAUUGAGAUCCUGUUGUAGCUGGUCCUGGUCAGAUCUGUUGGUGAUCGUCCUACCCACUGCUGUGUCAUCUGAGAACAGUCUUGCCUUUGAUGUCAGUUUCUCGGGUAGGUCAUUAAUGUAUGCUAGGAACAAACAGUGACCCAGGACUGAUCCCUGGGGGACCCCUGACUUCACAUCGACAUCGAGCUUGUACCAUCCACCACUACUGCUUGGAAUCGGUGGCUGAGGAAGCUAGAGAUCAAUGUUUUAGUGGUGCCUUGGAUCCCAUAUCUCUGGAGUUUGUGAAGCAAACUAUGAUUCACACGCUCAAAUGCCUUUGCGAAGUCCAUUACCAGCACGUCAGUCUGCUUGUGGUUCUCCAGAUUGGUCAUCAGGUCUUCUUCAAAUUCGAGAAGCUGGGUCUCACAUGAUCUAUUGACUGGGAAGCCAUGUUGACAGUCAUUGAGUAUAUUUUAACUUUCAAGAUGCUUCUUGACGGUGCUUAUGAUUAUGUGCUCCAACAGUUUGCAGACCACACUGGUGAGGGAUAUCGGACGAUAGUUGGCAGGGUCGGAAAGCUCCCCUUUCUUGUAAAUUUGAGUUCUAUAUCUAGUUUAGGGCGGGAUAAAUAUCCAGUUUCAUGGCUUUUUAAUAUUUUAUCUUCCACUUUCUCUAUUUUUAUAUCCUCUAGCUCCUCUCUCUCUCUCUUUCUCUCUCUCUCUCUCUCUCUCUCUCUCUCUAUCUCUCUAUCUCUCUCUAUCUAUCUUACGUUGUGUCUCUCUUGAGAUCUCUGCUCCCCAUGUUAACCUUACCAAAUCAUAUUUGCUGCAAAUCCUUUGUUGCGCAAUGUUAAUGUAUCUUUGAUAAUGCAACCAAACUAUUAGAAAUAUAAUAUUAUAAACAAAAUAUUUGAAAACCAAUUGUAUAAAUGCUACGAUUAAAAUACAAAUUUAGAAACAUACUAUUAACAUAAUUCCACGCUUAGUAAUGUAAACAAAAUGUAAUUUUUCAAAAACGCUAUUAUAUAAAAGCAUACAAAAAGUUAUCACUUUAAAUAAUUAUGGUGUUAGAAAUGCAGUGCUAGAAAUAAAUCCGAUAUUAUUAACCUUAAUCCGAAUUUAAGUGUUAACUGGUCCAGUAAUGGCUCUAGUCUCAUGAAUAAACCCUUCACUGUUAAGACAAUGAAAAUGAGAAUUUUUUUGUGCGUUUUCCAAAUAAUUUCAGGUAAAACUAUGCCACAUCCGGUUUCCCAGCAAACCUUUUCACUACUUCCUGGUGUUCAAGUACCUGGAGUUCAUCCUGUUUUACGUGCUACCGCUCAUCAUUCAGAUCAUGCUCUACGCCAAGGUGUCUCGGCAACUGUUCACGCGUUCUGAGAAGCUACGCAGGUAAACAAUGACACCCCUUUGCAUAGAUUUAUUUCACUUUAUAACGUGCCCCCCCCCCAACCUCCGAUACCUGGGUGGUCUGAUUAUCAGGCUUUUAUUAAAUGGCAGCGUUAUGGCGUCAUCAACACAAAAGCUGUGGAGCUCGAUGUCAGUUACCCUUGCGGUGACACAUCUAACGGGUCUGAAGGUAAAUGUGUCAGUUACCCUUGCGGUGAUACCUCUAACGGGUCUGAAGGUAAAUGUGUCAGUUACCCUUGCGGUGAUACCUCUAACGGGUCUGAAGGUAAAUGUGUGAGACUCUGGGCGUCACAGCAUGUUCAGCUUAUUUUUUUUUUUAAAUUCCUUUGACCCUUUUUUAAAAAUCCGGUUUCAAAUGGCAAACUCCGUGUGACGUCAUUCACCAGUCUUGAUUCCCAUAACCCCCCCCCCCCCCCUUUUUUUUUUGUCCUCGAGUAAUUGUUUCCGAGUGCGGUCCCCGACUGAAAGCUUGCUAACAAUACAGACACACUUGCAAUGUGACUGGUGAAGGGACUAUCUGGAAAGGAAAAAAAAACCAACAUAAUUUCUGUCUAUCAGAGCGGAUUUGAAGAAAACGUUGAAGAAAAUUUCGCCCCCCAAAAUUGGGAAACAACUGGAUUUCAGAUUUUAUCAAACAAAGCUUGGACUUGCAAUAAACGGACGGAAAUAUCCCUGAACCCCACAGUGAAGAAUCCUGUUACUUUCCUUUUUUAUUUAUCUGACAAAAUAUUUAAUAUUUGAUUGUCAUUAGUGUCAACCAGGAUUUCCCACCAUGAUUGGUAGCUGCUGUGAGUCUUAGUCAAACAAAUUGGUAGGGGUUCAGGGUAAAGGAAAAGUUACGAAACACUGAUGAAAAGGAUCCCACAUUCUGACAAUAAAUUAUCUUUUUUUUUUUUUGUCUUUUGUUGUUUCAGAGAACGUGCCAGCGAUGCUCUGUUGGCCAGAAAGGGGGUGGUCAAAAUGCUCAUGAUGAGCGUGGUUGUGUAUUUCCUGAGCUACUCCCCCCAGCACGUUUUACUGGUGUAUCGCACGUUUAAGCAGAACGAUUUUCAUGAUAUGUGGACACUAAACGUAAGAACUACUUCCAUAUCAUUUGUAAACGUAAGAACUACUUCCAUAUCAUUUGUAAACGUAAGAACUACUUCCAUAUCAUUUGUAAACGUAAGAACUACUUCUAUAUCAUUUGUAAACGAAAGAACUACUUCCAUAUCAUUUGUAAACGUAAGAACUACUCCCUUAACAUUUCUGAACGUAAGCACUACUUCCAUAUCAUUUGUAAACGUAAGCACUACUUCCAUAUCAUUUGUAAACGUAAGAAAUACUUCCAUAUCAUUUGUUCAGCACACCAUCUGAUUCUUAUAGAACUUUUUCAACGGGGCUUACGCACUAUUAAGUUUGAUACAUGGCUUAAAACUGUUGAGUUUCUGUCGUUUAAUUUAGUUAUAUUAAUGUUUGGGGCGCGAGCGCAAGUACGCUUAGAGCUCUCUUUCUAAGCAGUGUAAGGUCGGUGAUGGAUUACAGCAUGCCGGUCCAAUCCUUUGCAAGCAAGACCGCACUGGAAAAACUGGGCCGAAUCCAGAAUCAGGCACUGAGAUUCAUCUGUGGCGCAUACAGGACUACUCCCACAGCUGCUGUAGAAGUCUUGGCCAAUGUAGAACCGCUACAAAUUAGGAGGGAAAAAUCCAUUUUAAAUACCGUAGAGAGGUACCGACGGCUUGGUGAAAACGAACCAGCCUUUCAAAUGCAAAAUAACUGGGUGGGUGGCAGGAGACUAAAGAGGUCCUCUUUCAUGCACCAGGUCGUGGAGCUGGAGAGGACAGUCCCCCUGCCCCCAAAUAGAGAACGCCUGACCCAAAUCCCAGUUAAUCCGCCUUAUGCGGAACCCUCACGCCCCUCCAUACAUUUGGCCUUGACAGAUGCAGCAGUGACGAAACGAAGCCCUGAACAUGUACAGAGAGUGGCUGCCCUUGAGACCAUGGAUGUGUUCACGCACAUACCUGUGAAAGUGUUCACGGACGGCUCUGCUGACUUUAGGAAAAAAACUGCUGGGUACGGUGCGCUUAUUCAGUACCCAGUAGGUGGACCGCCCGAUGAAAAACUCUCCGGGCCUUGUGGGACUACAGCGUCAAACUUCGACGCGGAGCUUAUAGCUAUGCACAAGGCCUUGGAGAGAGUCCGUGUCACUCUGGAAGGGACGGAGCAUGCGGGGCUCGAUAUUGUCGUCUUCUCAGACUCAAGAUCCGCUCUUGAGAUCUUGGAGAAGAGACAGGGUACCACAAGCUUGGUCGACGUCAUUCACAACGACAUAUGCAGACUUGAUGAAAUAGGGUGCAAGGUUGAAAUGCAAUGGAUACCAGGGCAUGUCAACAUCAGUGGCAAUGAGAUAGCUGACACUCUGGCGAAAACCGGGGCUGCCCAGCCUCAGCCAGAAGUACCAAUGACUUUCUUGGGAGUCAAAAACUGGCUGGCGGACCACUUCAGGCAGAAGUGGUACAGGCAAUGGGCUGACAACACGACCGCCAGAGGCGUCUAUUCGAACUUGCCUACUCCUAGCAAACAAGACCCAUGGUGGGAGUUAGGUCGUAGAUUGCAGAGUCUAGUGACGCAGAUGCGCACCGAGCACUGCCCCUUGCGCACAUAUUUCUGGAGGUUGGAUAACAACAGAGAUCCUACCUGCCGGCAUUGCAGCCUGGCCCCAGAGACCUUAGAACAUCUGUUGACUGAAUGUCCCGCACUAGAUCUCCCGGGGGAAGCCAGGGCGGUUGGAGGAUCCUUUGUAAGGGAAAUGUUGUAUGGCUCAGCUCAACAGAUGGAGUUGAUAGCCAAUUUACUAGCCGGGGUCAUAAGAGAGUAAUCUCAGACCUUCACCAGAAUAUGUGCGUUAGUUAGUUAUAUUAAUGGGCUUUUUUAGAAUUUCUGAAACUAAGAUUAGUAACAUGUAUCCAUCCGGAUUUCCGGGGAAAGACGGAAAUACGAAUUAAUUCUUUCUUUUUCCCCUUUAAGCCAGAUCGUAUCAACUGUAAAAGUUAUUAGAAAAUGUAUGUUUCCAAUCGUCAUGAUAACGUUCAAUGUCUAUUCCUUUCAACAGGUUUUUGUCAGUGUCAUCGCCUACAUGAACUCUGCAGCCAACCCCAUUCUGUACAGUAUAUUUAGUCAAAACUUUCGGACCAACUUCCGCAACGUCUUGUGU